CGACGGCGCAUGGAGAACUUCCGUAAGGUGCGCUCCGAGGAGGCGUCGGCGGGUGGCGGGGCCGAGGGGGGCGGACCGGGCUCCGGCCCCUUCGCCGACCUGGCGCCGGGCGCCGUGCUCAUGCGGGUCAAGGAGGGCAGCAAGAUCCGGAACCUGCUGGCCUUCGCCACCGCCCGCAUGGCGCAGCCGGCCACGCGCGCCAUCGUCUUCAGCGGCUGCGGCCGGGCCACCACCAAGACCGUCACGUGUGUGGAGAUCCUCAAGCGCCGCUUGCCGGGCCUGCACCAGGUCACGCGGCUGCGCUACCGGAGCGUGCGCGAGGUGUGGGAGAGCCUCCCGCCCGGGCCCGCGCCCGACCGCCCGGGCGGAGGGUCCCCCGCCAGCCUGAGCGUGCUCAAAAAUGUGCCCGCGCUCGCCAUCCUACUUUCCAAGGACGCGCUGGAUCCACACCAACCUGGCUACCAGCCCCCGGACUCACACCCGGGUCCCUCGUCCCCGUCAGCCACGCCUACACUCAAGAGGAGCCGGGGGGACCCCGCAACUGGAGAAAGCUCCGCAAAGCGAUCACAACUGGAGCCGGGGGCAUCGGGGGAGGACCAAACUGCCUGAGGACUCCAGGCUCGCUCUAGAUGUUGUCCCCGCUCCCGUCCUCUGGAGCCCACGAACCUGUCACCGGGACACAGCCCUCAGACUGGCAGCAUGGAUCCCCAAGAUGACAAAGAGAAGCCCACGGAGUGGGAGGAGAGGACCCCUCCACCCCCUAACCACUCCUGGGGAGCAUCGUGCUGUGGUUGCCCCUCCCCUCUGCUGCCUGACGACUUGGGACUCUAUUUUCAACUUUUCUGGAGCGCACUAGGACUUCUUAGAGAGGGGCUGGUGGGCAGCUGAACGCUGGGGCCUCGCGCGCUGCCCUCAGAGGUUAAGGGCGCCAGGCAUUCAGGAGGGAACUGAGUCUUUGUUCCUAGAAAGUCCUUGGAGUCGCCCCCCUCCUUUGGCAGCAGAGGACAAGGGCUAAGAAACUUCCAGAGAGGAGCCUUGUGGUGCUCUGGGACCCUCCUCUUCCGGCCCCCUCCAGGGCACAGUUUGCCUCACAUUGGAGGAACAUCCUGAAAUGAGGGAGCCAGGGACAUCCACCCUUUCCCAAGUUGGCCUAGAGGGAGAGAUCCAGCACAGAACUCCCCAGGACUUCUCCCCUGAGCCCCAGAGCUGGACUCUUGUUUCAAAUAAAACAAACACACAAAACGG